AUGGAAGAUUAAUAUAGUUCAAGUGUAGACUCUAGAGAAGACUUUUUUAAAAAUACCAAGAUGAACAAGAUUUCCAACUCAAAGUCAGCUAAAUUUAAACAGAAUCUCUCUAUUAUUGACAGUAUUUACUAAAAGCAAAAGCAUGAAAUGAAUGAUAAUUUUUAGAUCAUGGAACACCAUUUUAGAAGUAGACCCUAAAAUUAUUAAACGUCGUUUAAAAAGAAUCUACAUGCUUUUGCUCAAGAAGAAAUUCAAUGCUAGAAAAAUUAACUAUCUGCAAUGUUUAAGAAACAGAGGAAAUUACUUGAAGAACAUGCAUCUGAGGAAGAAAAUUUAAAGAAAAUUCUUAGUGAAUACCAAAUCAAAAUUGGAAAGAAUUAGAAGCUGGCCUAUGAUUAUCGAAUAUAAAAGAACUGUCUUGCCAAAAAUUAUUUCUAUAAUUAUAAAAAGAAAAGGAUUGAAAUACUUUAAGACUAAGACUUUAAUCAAUUUAAAAGCGAAGCAUUUCACACUAAAUUUGUACGAUUGUAAAAAGAGUAAUAAGAGAAAUUAGAAAUGAUAGAAGCUAAAAAGAGGGCUAUAAUGUUUGGUAAUAAUGAUGAUGCAGAUAGAAUAGAGUUGAAUUCAAGUUAGCUCAAAUCUCAAAAUGAAAUGAGCGGUAAAGAAAAGUUAGCCUUCUGGAUGGAGAAAAUGAAGAUAAUUAAAAAGGAAUCCCCAGUCAAGGAAAAAGUUUUAAGUAAAAGAGCAUCAUUGAAAAACUUAAAGUCCUAAAAUGGAACAGCUACUAUUUAGAACAGAAGAAGAAAGAUAAAUCUAAAUCAAACUACUGAUUUAAGAAAUUAAUCACCUCAGCAAAUCGAUAAAAGUCUCGAUGCUAUUAAAAAUAUCUUAGGCUAGAAUGCCGAAAAGGCUAGAUUAAUCAAGUUUAAUAGUACUCAUGCAAUGAACUAGAUUACCAGAACUAAGAAGGACGAAUCUAUAAACAAGGAUAGUACCUUAAACACUUUAUAUAAAUCUGCAGCUUUCAAGAAAGAUAAUUUGCUAAAUCUACUCAGUCAUCAUAAUAUGAAAGCUACCUAAAUCUUCAGUCGCCAUCACAGAUCUAGAAGUGAUAAAUUAUCUUUAAUAAAUAAUCUUACAGCAAAUUAAAAACAGUUGAAAAAUGAGACAAUAAAUUAAAAGUUCAAAGAAAAAACACCUUCCUUGAAAGACUAUGAAAUUUAGUCCCUUCUCCGAUAAUAUCCGGUAUCUAAAAAUAAAUAAGAUCACGUGAGAGUUAAUAAAUUCUUGAACUCUAAUAGACAGAAACGCAAUAGCAUAGAUGGUAAUUUAAGUAGUUUGCCUAAAGAGUUGAAGCAGACAGAGAGUAGGAAAAAAUUGUUCUCUUUAAUGCAUGUUUGCAAACAUGAAGAAGAUAAUUUCUAAAAAGAAAUGUUGGAAACAGAAUAUAAAUAACUUAAGGAAUAAAUAAAGGAGUAGGAAUUUGAUUGUACUUUACAUUAACUUAGAGAAAUUGAAUUCGCUGAACCCUCAGUAAUGCCCAUUCUUUAUCAAUAUAAACUAGCUGAAACUAAUGAUAACAUAAAAUUAGCAGAAGAAAUUGCUAAAGAUUACUCAGAAGGAAAGGCAGAUCCAAGAAUGGCCUGGAUAAGAGAGAAGAAUACUAAAUCUCUCUUAAAGAAAGGAAUCCUACUAAGAUGA